CAUUUCUUGUUAAACUGAAAAAUCAAAAGAUUGUGAUUGUCGCAUUUGGGUAUUCAGACGUUUCUAUUUUCGAUUAAAAUUGAAAUAAUGGCUACUUACAUACAACGGGCUGCUGUUUCAUACUUUAGAAAUAACGCACGCCUUGCUUCUCACGCUGCUACAGCUGGUGGACAUGGAGGUGGCUGGAAGUUCUGGAGAGGCAUUUCCUUUUUCGUCGGCUUCCCUGCUGUUGCUUUGGGAAUGCUGAACGCUUACCUCGCUCAUCAAGAAGAGCACCAUGAAAGACCCCCAUUUGUCGCGUAUGAAUACAUGCGUAUUCGUUCCAAGCGUUUCCCAUGGGGUGACGGCCAAAAGUCUCUUUUCCACAACCCCCAUGUCAACCCACUGCCUUCAGGAUAUGAAGAUGAACAUUAACUAUACUAUUAAACUAGCAAAACUGUAUUAGUAUAUAUAUAAUAACAUACCUUUAUGUUUUUAUUGUUACCUGAGGUGGUAAUUAGUCAUACAUUUGAAAGUUUGAACUGAAUAUAAAUUUAAACUAUU